AUGGAAGGCAGAAGAGUCUACGCUGGAAUCCAGGAGAUGACACCCAAGGUGAAGACAGAGAUGACACCCAAGGUGAAGAUAAAGACGGGAGCUCCACUAAGAAACAGAAGCAGAUUCAUCCUUCUUCAUUUACCCUUUAUAUCAUCCUGGCAACAAGCCUCCCCAAGAACACAUAUAUGGCUCUUUGAUCGUCCCGCUGCUGUCAAGGUGGCGCUACAGAAAGACAAGAAGCCUAAGAGGUCAACCUGGAAGUUUAAUUUGGACCUUACCAAUCCAGUAGAAGAUGGGAAUGGAAUUUUUGAUUCUGGAAAGUUUGAACAGUUUCUGAGGGAGAAGGUUAAAGUUAAUGGAAAAACAGGAAACCUUGGGGAUGUUAUUCACUUAGAACGUUUCAAGAAUAAGAUCACAAUUACUAUUCCUGACUUGAAAUUUCUUCAAAUGUAUUUGAAAUAUCUUACUAAGAAGUACCUUAAAAAGAAUAAUCUUGAUCAUUGGCUUCACACGGUUGCAUCUGACAAAGAGACUUAUGAACUCCAAUACUUCCAGAUUAGUCAAGAUGAAGAUGGAUCAGAGUCUGAGGACUAGGUGGU